CUCUGUGCCAAGGCUCUAAGAGAUCGGUGGGUGGAAGAACUGCUGCUGGUGCAACAUGAAAUGAAUUGGACUUGUGACUUCUUUUUGCACAAAGCAGAGCAAUGGAUAUGCCUUGCAGCAAUCGCUGAGGAAGCUAGGAAGAUGGGACAUCUUGCGUAUGUGGCACAGCAGUGCAAAAUGUAUCAGCGUCUGAAUGAAGAUGCUAUGGAUAAUUUCAAAAUUGCAAAAGCAUCCUGCUGA